ACCUUAUUUAUUUUUACGUCAUGCCCGACAACGCCCUAGAGUCUGUGCUGUAGGCAAGAAGAGGUGCACACAUAGUCUUUUGUUGUAACAUCAAUAGGAAAAGAGGAACGCCGUUAAUUGGGGUCCUCGCAACAACCUCCGUUACCUCUCUGCUGGACUGUGAGAUUUGCUUCGCGCCAAAUAUUGAAAAUGCGUGAAUGCAUCUCUAUCCAUCUGGGCCAGGCGGGCGUGCAGAUUGGAAAUUCAUGCUGGGAAUUGUACUGCUUAGAGCAUAUGAUACAGCCCGAUGGUUUACUCAUCCCAGAGGAGGCAGAAGGAGGACCCGUCGACGAUUCAUUCAAUACAUUCUUCAGUGAAAUCGGCGAUGGCAAGUACACACCUCGUUCAGUAUUUGUUGAUUUAGAACCAAAUGUAAUUGACCAAGUACGAUCCGGAGAGUACCGUAAGUUGUUUCAUCCCGAGUGUUUAAUUAGUGGUAAAGAAGAUGCUGCCAACAACUACGCACGUGGGCAUUACACGGUGGGGAAAGAGAUUCUGGACUCCGUUAUCGAUCAGAUUCGAAAACUCACGGACAACUGUGAGGGUCUUCAAGGUUUCUUUGUAUUCCAUAGCUUUGGGGGCGGCACAGGGUCUGGCUUCACAUCUUUGCUUAUGGAGAGGCUCUCGGCAGAUUACGGUAAGAAAUCAAAACUCGAAUUUGCAGUUUACCCAGCGCCACAAAUUUCGAACGCUGUCGUAGAACCGUACAAUUCUAUCCUAACCACCCAUACCACACUGGAGCAUUCAGACUGCGCCUUCAUGGUGGACAAUGAAGCCAUAUACGAUAUCUGUCGCAGGAACCUUGGCAUCGAACGUCCGAGUUACACCAACCUCAACCGCCUUAUCAGUCAGGUGGUCUCUUCAGUGACCACUUCAUUACGUUUCGAGGGUGCAAUGAACGUCGACCUGAAUGAGUUCCAGACCAAUUUGGUGCCCUACCCCCGAAUCCACUUCCCUCUAGCCACCUACGCCCCGGUGAUAUCUGCUGACAAGGCGUGCCACGAGAGAACAACGGUGGCGGAUAUGGCAAACGCAUGCUUCCAGCCAGCCAAUCAGAUGGUCAAAUGCGAUCCACGCUGUGGGAGGUAAGCUUAUUAGGCAGUCCUAAGACUAUGGGUAGCAGCGUAUUACGAACGUGAUCGGGGUCGUUUCGUUUCUCAGCUGAGGAAAGUCGUAACUAUUUCAAUAAUGCAAAACAUUGCCAUCUUACAUUCUAAAUAAUACCUCAAUACCCAUAGUCAUAAUUUUAUAAGAUUUUUUUUUUUUAAUAUGAUGUUAGGGUAAGAAAUAAGACUGAAAUUUUAUCUGCGAAUUGGAAUGAUAAUUAGAAUAUUAGUGGUGAUUUAAUGUCAUUUUGAGAGAACUGUAGGCGCAUAUGUCGUUCAAUUGAGCCCAAACUCGUCAAAACGACUUUUUAAGUGACUUAAAGUCCCAAGGUGACAUUUGAAAAAUAGAACUCUUAUUUCCAUUCCCCAAAAUCAACUGUAUUUCUAUUAUGGUUGUUACUUCCUGGACAGAACUCGUUUAUUCUAUUGAUGGUUGUUUUUUUUUUUAUUCCAACAUCGUGUAGAAGUGUAUCUUUUGGUAAUUCGCGUCAACAGAUGGUACAGAUUUCCGUUUUUAAGGAAUUCUUUUAAGAUUUUACUAGACUAAAGCAAAUCUGAAGCUUAUAUAUUUUUUUAAAUUUAUGUUUUACAUAAUUUGUUUAAGUUUUGUUAAUAGGAUUAUUUGUUCCCCACGGCAACAAAGCAACAUGAACAGCAGUAACCUCGAAAAUUUCAACCAAGACUUUUUCCUAUUUCGUUCCGUCCUGUUUGCAUGAUGACUGUUACAUUUCAGAUACAUGGCUUGUUGCAUGCUCUUCCGAGGAGACGUCGUGCCUAAAGAUGUCAACUCUGCCAUUGCCUCAAUCAAAGCCAAGCGAAACAUUCAAUUCGUUGACUGGUGUCCCACCGGUUUUAAGGUACAAAAAUAGACACCAUUAUUGGCGCCCGUGGUCUUUUUUGGCAGUUAUUGAUGUUAGAUCAAUGGAUCGAUAAGUUGCUGGAUGAAGCAGUCCCGUUCUGCCGUACACACUUACAAACUCUACCAUCACUAUUACUUCUCAUCACCACCUCCUCCCCACUCUCCAUCAAACCUUACCCCUUCCACAAAGCCCCACCCACUUAUCCCACUGACCCCCUAACAGGGUUGCCAACCGUCCGUAAAUUUACGGAAAGUCCGUAAAGAUUUGUCGUAAAAUUGACUGUCCGUAAAAUUCCGUUAAAAAAUUAAGACGUCCGUAAAAAAAAAAUCGACUAAACGUGGAAUCUCAACGUUUAAAAAACCCAGUAAAUUAUGUUUGUGAUCUCUAUUUUCUUGAUGUAAAUUUUAAUUUUUAAAUUGUUUUAGUGGCAUCCUGAGCUCUAUUAAUAAACUGUAAGAGCUUUCUGGACAGCUAGGCUGUUCGUUUUAAGGUCAACAUUUUAUGUUAAAUAUUUUGUUGAGAAUUCUUAUAUUUGUCAGUAAAUGUUAUUUUAUUGAGUUGGCAACCCUGCCCCCUAACCACUCUCCCCGUUCCUUGCUCAAGCGUCCAUAUUUCUCCUCCCUACCCUUCUUCCCUACAGUGUAUAUCAUAUACCCCCUUGCUCUCAUCUCCCCCACUCCCUUCCCUUUUCCCGGUGAAACCCCAUCUACACAUUCAGACCGAUCUCCCCCCCCCUCUUUAACCAUACCCUCAUUUACCUAGUUCUAACAUCGUGCGCCUAACGUCUUACACUUUACACCUUACUUCCCUUAACUGACUAUGCUUAAGAGAGGUUUACAUUGUGUAGGCCCUAUAUUCAACUAAUACGAAAACGACGAACACCCCCAAAAAUUAACAAUAAACGAACGAGACAAUGUUUUCUUUUCAUACGACUACGAUUAAUUAAUUUAAUUUAAGGCAUUAUAUUAUGUAACGGUGAAUCAAUUGCUCUUAUAUUUUGCGUACAUACAUUCAUAAAUGUGGUUUUUUUCUGUCUGUCUCAAGGUGGGUAUCAACUACCAGCCCCCAACAACUGUGCCUGGUGGAGACCUGGCCAAGGUCAAUCGUGCCGUGUGCAUGUUGAGUAACACCACCGCCAUUGGGGAGGCCUGGUCACGGCUUGACCACAAGUUUGACCUAAUGUACGCUAAAAGGGCUUUCGUACACUGGUAAGCAUUUUUUUUUUUUAAAUCCUGUUUUAUUUCCCAACCUUAGGGCACUUCAGUGGUCAGUGAGUUCGAUAAAAAAUUAAAAAGACAUUUUUUUUUAAUGUUGCGUCCUAUUUAUAAUUUGGUUGAAUUAUUAAUUUGAAAUGCAACCGACCAACAUUUUUGUUUACGUUUCCCCCAGGUAUGUCGGCGAGGGCAUGGAAGAAGGUGAGUUCUCCGAGGCACGUGAAGAUCUUGCAGCCUUGGAGAAAGACUACGAGGAAGUCGGUUUGAACUCCACAGAAAGUGGGGACGAAGAAGACUUGGAGGAAUAUUGAUAGACGCGGCCAUCUCUCAAGAGUUACCAGAAUAUAUCAAGAACAGAAGAAGAAAAAAACAUCAGACAGGUCUAAAUACCAAAAAAGACAAUGGCCGAAAAACUUUCCAGAGUUUCCAAACUUCGAGCCCCCGUUUCUAUACUAAUAAACGCUUAACGGUCUGCGUAUCUGCUUCACCAGUUUUCAGUACAAAUCAACUAGUUCAACCAACUGAAUUCCUUUUAAGUGCAUAACCAUCUAAUGAAGUACGGGCCUAAUUUUAGACUUUUCCAUUUAUGAUAUCAAACGGUAAUGUAUUAUUUGGACAGUGAUUUCGGGAAUACUAAGUCUACAUACCAUGACACCUCCAUCAGAAAAUGGCUUAACCAGUAUAAUUUUUUUCAAAGUUGUGUUCAAAAUCGAUGGAAUGAGCUCUAUAAAAUCAACUCUUUGCCAUUGUAUCAAUUUUGCCGCCCCGGAUAUAACUCAUGUCACAAAUUAGAAUAUUUCAUCUAACCAACACAUCUACAGAAGACUACUUCAAACUAUAUAUUGUCCAUAAAAAAAAAAUAAUCUUACCAUCGAUCAAGCAAAAAUAAACAUCAUAUUUGCUGCAGAAAACAAUUUGACAUUUUAAGCUUUCUUUGAUCGUAUCUUGACAAGCUAAUUUUUUUUCCUAAGAAUAAAAAAAAUUGCAAUGUCUUUUUUUUUCUGUAAUGUUGAGAAUGCUAAACCAAUUUUUAUAGUGCUUAUAGGGCGUGGGUUACAAGAAUGACCCUAUCAAUUAAAUAUUUCACUAUGGAUUCUAACGUCUGCCCGUUGUUUUGAUUCAUUUUGUCUUUAAUUUUUUACUCAAAUCCCAGAAACCGGAUAUGACUUAAGUCAAAAACUUUUAGCACAGAUUAAAAAAAAAAAUGUACAUGAUGCAGGAUUUUGUACUUUCUUUUAUUCAAUAUAUAGCGAAUAUUUUACUCCUAUGUUUAAAAUUCUGACCUUGAAAGAAUUAUUAUUAUUAUUAUUAUUGUAAUGAUAAUAAUAGCAAAAUAAGUUUUGCAUAAUUAAAAUAAAAUGGGCACUUGAUGAACAAACAAAAAAGAUAGUUUUAAAAAUGAGUUUUGUCCCUUCUUAACUUAUUUUUAUUGUCUUUUUAAUUUUAAGUAGUUUAUCCCAUUGCUUAGUAAAAUUCGUGUUAUUUCUAACCUAAGGAUAAUAUGUUGUUACUAAGAGAUAAAAAAGCAUAGAGCCACAUACUGGGAAUGGGAAUCACCAAUUAAAUCCCCAAAGGCUAACACUAAGCCUCUAAUCUUGAACACCAGGUGACUGGCUUGUAAAUAUGAUUCUCUUGAAGUAAUUAGUCACUGAGUACAUUGCUGUAUCAGUACUACAUUCACUUUAUCAAUUAUUCCCUACUGAAGACACUUAAAUAACUUGAUUGAAUAAAAUGAAGAGACAAAUCAAGUACACUCCAUUUAAUGUUGUUAAAUUA